CUGGCAAACACAGUUACAGUUUCAAGAAAAAAAGGAAAAAACACAGCCAAACACAGAGUAGAAGAAGAAUUCCGAUCACUUUUCUUAUCACAGUUACGAUCAGAUCAAGAAGAAAGAAGAAAAGAUUAACCACGAAAAUAGAAACUAAUAAAAAGGCUUUUUGUGGAUAAAGAGGGGGAAAAUUAUGUCAGGCAAAAGAACAGGUUGGUCCGAUACGGCCCCACUUCUACGCCAACACCAACAGCAGCAUCACAUCUCCAUCUCCAAUACCCGUCGCAGUAGCAGAAGCUCUCCAUUGUUCGUCGAGAUGUCCGGCACGACCACCACCGCAACCGUUCCCCUUCGUUCGAUCUUCCUUGGUGUUGACGUCGGCACCGGCAGCGCCCGUGCUGGUCUCUUUGAUGAGAGUGGUAAACUUCUUGGUUCUGCAAGUAGUCCAAUACAAAUAUGGAAAGAGGGUGACUGUGUUGAGCAAUCAUCAACAGAUAUUUGGCUUGCAAUUUGUGCAGCUGUGAAAUCAGCAUGCUCAAUUGCAAAUGUUGAAGGGAAAGAGGUGGCAGGUGUUGGAUUUGCGGCUACUUGUUCUCUUGUUGCUGUGGAUGCUGAUGGAUCUCCUGUUUCAGUUUCUUUGAGUGGUGAUUCAAGAAGGAAUAUAAUAGUAUGGAUGGACCACAGAGCAGUAAAACAAGCUGAAAAAAUCAAUUCCUUUAAUUCACCGGUCUUGCAGUAUUGUGGUGGGGCUCUUUCCCCUGAAAUGCAACCACCAAAGCUUUUGUGGGUGAAAGAUAAUCUGCAAGAGUCUUGGUCAAUGGUUUUUAGGUGGAUGGACUUGAGCGAUUGGUUGUCAUACAGAGCAACUGGAGAUGAUACUCGAAGUCUGUGCACCACUGUGUGCAAAUGGACAUAUCUUGGGCAUGCACACAUGCAGCAGAUGAAUGAGCAAAAUUCCAGAGACAUGGAAGCUUGUGGAUGGGAUGACGAGUUUUGGGAGGAGAUUGGCUUAGGUGAUCUCAUAGAUGGACAUCAUGCUAAGAUUGGACGAAGUGUAGCUUUCCCUGGCCAUCCUUUGGGCUCUGGUCUCACUCCUACUUCUGCAAAGGAACUGGGUCUGAUGCCAGGAACUCCUGUAGGGACUUCAUUGAUUGAUGCCCAUGCAGGUGGAGUGGGAACAAUGGAAAGUGUGCCUGACUUGGAUUCUGAAGUUAAAGAGUGUGAGAAGGAUGCCAUAUGCCGACGUAUGGUGUUAGUUUGUGGUACUUCUACCUGUCAUAUGGCUAUAUCACAGAGCAAGCUGUUUAUUCCAGGGGUAUGGGGACCAUUUUGGUCAGCAAUGGUACCGGAAUACUGGCUGACAGAAGGUGGGCAGAGUGCUACUGGUGCUUUGUUAGACUACAUUAUUGAAAAUCAUGUAGCCUCUCCUCAUCUUGCAAAUCGCGCUGCUUCUCAAAAGAUCUCUCUGUUUGGAUUGCUGAACAAUAUCUUGGAAUCAAUGAUGCGUGAUCAAAAAUCUCCGUUUGUUGCUGCUUUGACUAAAGAUACACAUGUACUUCCUGACUUUCAUGGGAACAGGUCUCCCAUUGCAGAUCCAAAAUCAAAAGGAGUUAUAUGUGGCUUUACGCUGGACACUAGUGAGAGACAGUUGGCCCUUUUAUAUCUCGCCAUUGUACAGGGGAUUGCAUAUGGUACACGACACAUUGUGGAACAUUGCAAUGCCCAUGGUCACAAUAUUGACACUUUACUUGCAUGUGGUGGCCUUGCAAAAAACAAGUUGUUCAUUCAGGAACAUGCAGAUAUCAUUGGUUGCCCUAUAAUACUUCCAAGAGAAAGUGAAUCAGUGCUCCUGGGUGCUGCAAUUCUUGGUGCUGUAGCUUCAAAGAGAUAUUCUAGUCUCAGAGAGGCUAUGAAGGCAUUAAAUGCUGCUGGUCAGGUUAUUCAUCCGUCAAAAGACCCUAGAGUGAAGAAGUAUCACGAUGCCAAGUACAAAAUCUUCCAUGAGCUUUAUGAGCGGCAAAUAUCUCAGCGUUCAAUAAUAGCCGAAGCUCUGAAAUGGCUGACGGUGUCAGUUUCCAGACUAAUGAAUGCUUCAUCCGGUGGAAAAUUUCUUUUCCUUGUGUAGUUUCAUUUUGUUCCCCCUACUCCCCUUCUGGCACAAAAAUUUUGUGGGAAUAUCUAGGGAUAUUACUCUUUUAGAUGGGAAGAAACAACAUAGGUUGUGGGUGUAAAAAAAAACAGAUAAUAGGUAAUUGUUAAUACCUUAUACCUGAUCGCAAAAACUCAAGGGCAAUAUGAGCUACAGUAUACAGAAUGUAAUCAUGUGCUUCUGUUUUUC